AUGGCCCAGGUUCGAUUCCCGGUCAGGGAACGCCUCCGGGCAGAUGGAGCUCAUCAGCCCUGGGUGUUCCAGUGGAUGGGAAAACAGGAGUGUCAUUUCAUCAACAGCACCGAGGAGGUGAGGUUCCUGGAGAGGCACUUCUACAACCGGGAGCAGCUCCUGCAUUUUGACAGUGAUGUGGGGGUCUAUGUGGGGGACACCCCAUUUGGGGAGAUCCAGGCCAGAGACUACAACAGCCACCGUGAAUAUCUGAAGUACAAACGGGGUCAGGUGGACACGUACUGCCGGUCCAACUACAAACUUGGUACCCCGUUCAGCGUGGAGAGGAGAGUGCCCCCCAGCGUGUCCAUCUCGCUGGUGUUGUCGAGCUCCCAGCCCGGCCCCGGCCGCCUGCUCUGCUCCGUGAUGGAUUUCUACCCUGCACCGGUGCAGGUGAGGUGGUUCCAGGAUGGGCAGGAGCUGCCGGAGCACGUGGUGGCCACCGACGUGGUCCCCAACGGGGACUGGAGCUGCCAGGUGCUGGUGAUGCUGGAAAUCCCCCCCCGGCGCGGGGUCACCUACAGCUGCCAGGUGGAGCACGUCAGCCUGGAGCACCCCCUCAGCCGGCACUGGGGUAUGGCCCGGCCCCCCCCAGCACCGGGGGCAACUGGCAGGGGGGCCGGGGGGGAAAGGGGGCAACUGGGGGCAACUGGGAGGGAGUUUGGUGGGUGCAGGGGGUGA